GUUUUGUCCGCUUUGCUGCAGCGAUUCAUUUCUCCCAAAACUUUGCCCGACUUGUGCUGACUUCGCCCUCGCUUCUCCGGCAGUGAUGCGUAGCUACAGGGCUCCUCCGCUUCUGCUGCCCCUUCUCCUUCUUUCUGUUGGACUGAAGGCAACAGUAGCACGCUCUGUAGAGUACGAGACAGACUUAGUAGUGCCCUCGGAGCUGCAGCAGGAGCAGGUGGAGCUGAUUUGGGAAGCAUCCCGGUGGAGCAGAGGGCGCAGGAGGCGCUCAGAGAACCAGCAUGGCCACUUGUUCGUGUCAUUGCCUGCCUUCGGUCAAGAGCUUUACCUGGAGCUCCAGAGGGAUGAGGCUUUCCUCGCCGAGGGCUUCAUGGUUGAGGAGCGGAGUCGAGGAGAGAGCGUCCAGCAUGAACCAGCUUUUAAAGGACGGGUCUGUUUCUACACUGGCACUGUCUUCAAUCACACUGACUCGUUUGCUUCGCUGGACACUUGUGGUGGCCUGACUGGCUUGGUUCAAAUGGGAGAUGAGACUCUGUUUAUCACGCCUGUUCGCGAGGAACUUGAGUCUUUCUCCGGCGGGGAACACAAAGUCAUCAGACAAAAACGUUCUUCUGACAAAACGUCCCGGUCUACACGCAGCGGCCCGAAACACUGCCAAAUCAUCCAAGGGAAGCGUAAGGAUCGGAGGUCUAAAAGCAUGGAGGAUGCUCGUGGGAGGAGAAACGCCAUCCGGAUGAGUGGAGAGUACACUGUAGAGACGGUGGUGGUGGCCGAUGCAGACAUGGUGCAGUACCACGGAGCCGAGGCAGCGAAGCGCUUCCUCCUUACUGUCAUGAACAUGGUGUAUAACAUGUUUCAGCACCAGAGUCUGGGAGUGAAGCUGAAUGUUCGACUCACCAAACUGGUCCUCCUGCACUCCCGCCCAAAGAAGCUGAAGGUUGGCCAUCAUGGAGAGAAAACACUGGAGAGCUUCUGCCACUGGCAGCAUGAAGAAUUCGGAGGGGCUCGAUAUUUAGGAAAUAACCAUGUCCCUGGAGGCAGAGAUGAUCCACCACCCAUGGAUGUUGCAGUACUGGUCACAAGGACAGAUUUUUGUGUCCACAAGGAUGAGCCCUGUGACACUGUUGGUAUCGCCUAUUUAGGUGGCACCUGCAGCGCCAAGAGGAAGUGCGUAGUAGCCGAGGACAACGGCCUCAAUCUGGCCUUCACCAUUGCCCAUGAGCUCGGACACAGCAUGGGCAUUAGCCAUGACGAUGACCAUGCUGCUUGUACGGGCCACUCGCACAUCAUGUCAGGAGAGUGGGUCAAAGGUCGUAACCCUAGCGACCUCUCCUGGUCUACAUGCAGCCGUGACGACCUGGAAAACUUCCUCAGAUCGAAGGCCAGUUCCUGUCUGUUACACACAGAUCCACGGAGUCGUUACCUGGUGCGUCUUCCCGCGAAGCUGCCUGGCAUGCACUACAGCGCAGACGAACAGUGCCAGAUUCUGUUUGGCACCAACGCAACCUUCUGCACCAACAUGGAGCACCUGAUGUGUGCAGGCCUGUGGUGUCUGGUGGAAGGAGACACAUCCUGUAAAACCAAACUGGAUCCACCUUUGGAUGGCACAGAGUGCGGCACUGAUAAGUGGUGCAGGGCUGGUGAGUGCGUCAGUAAGACCCCCAUCCCUCAGCACAUGGACGGAGACUGGAGUUCAUGGAGCCAGUGGAGCAUGUGCAGCCGAACCUGUGGUACCGGAGCUCGAUUCAGGCAGAGGAAGUGUGAUAACCCUCCACCCGGUCCUGGAGGGAAACAGUGUCUGGGGGGCAGUGUGGAGCACAAAGUGUGUGAGGGUCCUCCAUGUGCCAAGGGCUCCCCUACAUUCAGGGACCAGCAGUGCCAGUCUCAUGAGCGCCAGGCAGGCAAGAAGAAGAGCCAGAUGUGGACAGCUGUUGUAAAUGACGAGAAGCCGUGUGCGCUGUACUGUACGCCGGUGGGCAGGGAUGCACCGGUGCUGAUGGCUGAGCGUGUGUUAGACGGGACGCCUUGUGGACCCUACGAGAGUGACUUGUGUGUACACGGGAGGUGUCAGAAAAUCGGCUGUGACGGUAUUAUCGGCUCCUCAGCCAAAGAGGACCGCUGUGGAGUGUGUAACGGAGAUGGCAAGUCCUGCAAAAUUGUCAAAGGAGACUUCAAUCACAGCAGUGGCAUGGUCACCCCUAGCCAUUGUAAGAAGGUCUCUACGUGUGUGAUGUCAAAAUCCAGGGCUCUUCCCAAGUGUUUCUCAUGUUAUAUUGAGGCGGCCAUCAUUCCUGUAGGAGCACGGCGAAUUAAAGUUGUGGAGGACCGGCCAUCACACAGCUUCCUGGCGUUGAAAGACUCGAGCAAGAGAUCCAUAAACAGCGACUGGAAAAUUGAGCUGCCGGGGGAGUUUGAGCUCGCCGGUACCACGGUUCGCUAUGUUCGCAGAGGAUUAUGGGAAAAGAUGUCUGCCAAGGGGCCCACUAAGACUCCUCUCCACCUCAUGGUUCUCCUGUUCCACGAUCAGACAUACGGGAUCCACUAUGAGUACACAGUGUCUCUGAACCAGUCUCAGGAGAGCAGCACAGAGACGCCCAGAGAACCUGAGCACCUCUACCUGUGGACUCACAGCAGCUGGGAGGACUGCAGCGUGCAUUGUGGAGGAGGAGAAAGAAAGACGGUGGUUUCCUGCAUAAGGAUGGUUAAUAAGACCAUGACACUGGUGAAUGAGAGCUUCUGUCACCCGGAGAACCGCCCUGCACCUCAAGUCCGUUACUGCAACACUCAUCCUUGCCAAUACAGAUGGGUGGCAGGUGACUGGGGUGAGUGUUCAGUGACGUGUGGAAAAGGUGCACAACAGCGUGAGGUCGGCUGUGUUUAUCAGCUCCAGAACGGCUCGUUCCUCCCCACACGAGAACUCUACUGCCUCGGUGUGAAGCCGGAGAGCAUUCAACACUGCGAGGGACGCCACUGUCUCACUGCAUGGGAUGCCUCUGAGUGGAGCCAGUGUUCAUCUAAUUGUGGGCGGGGCACCAGGAAAAGGAUAGUGACAUGCACAAAUCCCCAGGGGCUUUGUGACCCUGCCUCCCGUCCCACCCACCAGGAGCCAUGUGAAGAUUACUCAAAAUGCUAUGAGUGGAAGACAGGAGACUGGUCCAAGUGCUCAUCAUCCUGUGGGCGGGGGCUUCAGUCCCGCGUAGUCCAGUGCAUGCACAGAGUAACGGGUCGUCAUGGCAGCGACUGUCCCACAGUCCUAAAGCCACCAGCAUAUAGGCAGUGUCAUCAGGGGGCAUGCAAUGAAAAAGUUAAUGUCAACACCAUAACUUCACCAAGACUGGCGGCACUGACGUAUAAGUGCACGGGAGAUCAGUGGACGGUGUACUGUCGGGUGAUUCGGGAGAAGAACCUGUGCCAGGACAUGCGCUGGUACCAACGCUGCUGCCAAACCUGCAGAGACUUUUACGCCAGCACAAUGUCCCACGAAAGUUAAUGAGCCUGGCACUUCUUGCCACGUAGCAGCUUUUUUAUUUUUAUGUCCUCUUUUCGUACUGUCAUAAGUGACACUGUGUAUAUUGUUAUUAAGGAUUAUUGGAUUUUAAAGCAGUAACCGGGAAAUUGAUGCACAUGCCAGAUCUUUCAGAUGAGAUGUUAAAACGUUUAAGGUUUUGACUUUAAAAUGGUGCAAAAGGUCUAUGACUUUUUUAAUUGUUUUGCUGUAAACCAAAGUUUAACAUAAGAGAACAUAGGAGGCCAUUGGAGAUGACUUCUUGAACAUAGCAGCUUGGCUGUUGUACAGUAAGCUGACCAUUUAGGAAAGGCUUACAUUGCUUUCUAAAAGCCACUGGUUGGCCAGUAAUCCCAGAACUGAGCAACGGGACAUUAUUGACAUUUUGAUAUCCUAAUCACAUAUUCAUUUUCUUAUCUCUUAUUUCUUCCAGAUUUCUUAGAGAAGUCCAUUAAGUGCCUUAACGAGAUUAUAUGAUCCAGAAUGCCAUGGUUUAUGGGGCCAGUUGUACCCCAUGAGCUAUGACACAAGCCAUGGUUGUCUUAAGUAAGAUCAUCUAUAACUGCUAAAUAGGUCAUAGCUAAGACUGAUUUUGAGAGAGGACUUUACACUUAUUAAAGAGGAUUAAGAGCAACUAAUUCUAGCCUUAUCUGUGUACAUUAAUGUGAAAAGAUACUAAGCAAAAUUACUAGUGCUACACACAUACAGAGGUGGCAACAGAUUUGAGCCCUCGAUGCGGCAAUAUGGGAAACACCUGAAAGCUACACUUUUCUGCUUUUUCAGAAAAAGAAAUCGACAGGCCAAAUAUGAAUAAAAUUCAGCAGACAGUUUACUGAAAUGGAAAAGACUGAAGGUAAAAGACAUGCUCUUGCUUAUGGUAGUGGUCACUUACUUUUUUUGCACCAACUUUAUCUAGGUGAAGUUUGACUGGCGAUUUCACAAGCCUCUGUCUUGUGAGCCAAUAGAAACCAAGUGGUCAGUAAUAAAAUGGAGGAGCUUCUUAUUCUUACAUAGCAAAUCACACCAGACCUUUGCCUCAUGGUUUGCCGCACUCAUCAACCAAUAUACUCUUUUUGUGGUAAAAUUCUGGUUUUUUUUUCCUCUUGCUGGAUUGUUCUUGUUAGCAAUGUUGGCACUUCUGCACAUAAAUACACUACAGGCUACCUAAAGCUCAUUUGCUAAAUCCUGCAACCAAACUAGGACUGCAGGAUUGCACAUGCACCAUUUGGAACACCAAAACAAGUGUUCAACUAAGACCAGUCAUAGUAGAGACUCUAGAGGGAGUUAGGACUCGAAGUUUUUUUGAAACAUUGCUAGGUUUUGACACAUAGGAUGUGUGAGUAUUGGACAAUUCAUAUAGACCACAUGUUCCCAACCCUGGUCCUGGAGUAUCCUUUCUCCUGCGCAUUUUACUGUUGUUCUUGCACUAACACACCUGGUGAGCUCAUUAAUAGUCCUUCCAGAGUUGAAGUAGGUGUGUUAGAGCAGGGGAAACACUUAAAUGUGCAAAACAUGGUUUGGUGACUAAAUUUAAUGUUUUUAGAAUUUUAUUUACACCAGAUAACACCAGUAGAAACUGUUCUUUUGUUGACAUUAAUUCUACUUUACCCAGUUUUCUCAUUAGUACAAAGCAGGUAAUGUUAAAGGUUAAUAUUGAAAGAUUAAGAUCAGUCUUCUAAUGACUAGGCCAAUUCCUUUCCCAUCUUUUUUUUUUCAAUAUUUUUUUCAUUGUCAGUAAAUUUGGUCAAACACCCCAUUCCACUCUUUCCAUGGCUACAGGAUUAACACAGAUUUAUUUAACUAUAUUCGUACUUAUUUUUCCAACUUAAGGGUUUGUCACCCUAAAACAUUAAUUUCAACAUAUUUUCCUUUUGUGUUUCAUUGUUUCACAGUUUUAGUAAGUACUGUUAAUGUUUGAUAUAUUUCAAUAAGAACAUUGCACAUGUGUUUACAUAUGUAAGAAAAGUGGAUGUUUGACUAGCAUACAUUUACAUACUAGCAUAGAUUUUCAUAUUUCCAGGAGUCAUGUUCAACACAAAGUUAUGUUAUUUACAAUGAAAAUCAUUGGACACAUUAUUAAACAAAAUGACCAGGUUUUAUCUUUCAGUAACUCCUGAUGACACCAUCAGUAAAGUCUUUAUAACUGGUUAUAGGCUCACAUGCAGCUGCAUUACUUUGGAUCACAGGUGUAAAAUGUGAACUUUCCAAGUUUUUACACUACAUAAAAGUCCCUCUGUGUAGGUAGGUGUGUGUGUGUGUGUGUCGUUUUUUUUUUGUUGUUGUUUGUUUUUUUUUCUUCAAGAUACCUUGGCCCCUGUUUUCUCAGGCAGUGCAGGGUUCAUUUGGUGCUAGACAAAUUUCACUACUGUGGAAUUCAACAGUUUUUUUUGUCCUGUUUUUCUCAUGAUUGUUCUUCCAUAGGUCUUUUCUGACACAUAUGUUUUGUGAUGAUUAUUUAAUACUAAAAUGUAGCUGCCUUACUAUUUCAGAGACUUCAGCCUAUUGGUGAAAAUUGCUUCAUUUACUGCUAUGGUGCAGAUAUGCGUAUAUAUUCCAGUACUGUAUGUCUUUAGUUGCACAUGAUUGGUACAUAAUCUGCAUUUUUGAUGGUGCUGAUUUGAUUACAACUGUUUAAAUAGUUAUACAAAAAUAAAUGAAUCUUAUAACACA